AUGAGGCACCCUGAAGGGUUUCAGGGCGGGACGUGCGCGCCGAUUGGUCAGUGCGGAGCAGAGAAAGUCGUGAACGACCCGCUGCAACCGUUGACCAAAGAGGAGCUCGAGGCGCUGAUCGGCGCGGCCGGGCGACCGGGGACAGAACGAGCGGAGGUGCCCGCGCGGCUGCCUGGACCAGCCGCGGGUCAAAUAGGCACGACAGGCUCCUGGGACCAUGGGCCUCGGGCCCUGAGGACACAGGGCGUCUUGCGGCCACGAAUGCAGGACUGCUACCACCUCCCCCGCAGCAUGUGUGACUGCUCCAGCAGCCCCGCCCUCUCCAAGGUCGCGCAGGCCACUGCACAACCACCCCAGGGCGUGGCACACGUGAAACCAGACGAUGACCAUCCACAGAAUUUCCAGGAGAAAUGGCCCGGGUCCCUCACAGAGGGAUAG